AUGAACGCAUUCCAAGGUUUGGCACUGAUGUGCUUGACGACGCUGCUCGUGCAAACGUCUGAAAGCAGCCCACUGUUCGACCAUGCCAUCGGCUCGAAUUAUCCGGUCGUCAGACCGCAACACUUUGAGGUGGUGCGACGAUUGCCGCGACUACCUCGAGAGUACCUCGUUUCUUUCCUGAAGGAAAACCAGUUCGACAGAGAAGACCGAGACUAUAAGAUGCCGAUGUUCGGUAAGCGGAACGCCGCCGACUACCAGCUGCCGAUGUUCGGCUAG